AUGCCUCUGAUGGCGGUUUGCUCCACAUCUGUACCUUUUCCCGUACCUCAUUGCCACCACUUUUGUUCCCAGGCGGUACCAAGCGGCUUAUGCUCUGGUAUAUCUGAUGGCAUCGGGAGUUCCUCCUCGGUUUAUUCGGACCGCCAGAAGAGUUACGCUGAUCGGAGACGUAGACCACUAGAGUUCUCUGUGGGCGACCAUGUAUUUCUGCGAGUUUCACCCACGAAAGGGGUGAAGAGAUUUGGCCUCAGAGGUAAGCUAGCUCCGCGGUACAUUGGUCCUUUCGAGAUCUUGGAGAGGAUCGGAGCGGUAGCUUAUCGAUUGGCACUACCACCGUCCCUGUCAGGCGUUCACGAUGUAUUUCACGUAUCGAUGCUGAGGAGAUACGUGCCUGAUCCGACACAUGUGCUGGCAGAUAUUCCAGUUCCAGUUCAGCCUGACAUUACCUAUGAGGAGGUUCCGGUACAGAUUCUCGACCGGAAGGAGCGUCAGUUGCGGAACAAGACCAUCCGGCUGGUUAAAGUCGGAUGGCAGCAUCAUUCGGACGAGGAGGCUACUUGGGAGCUCGAGGAUACGAUCCGAGCUCGAUAUCCCCAUGUAGCCCAUCAUUGUAAUACAGCCGCCCCGCCAUAUUAUUGGAGUAAAUUCAGGGAGGCUGAAAGACAUGCACAAGGACUUCACAUUGAUGAGUUUAACUAUGCAGAUGGAGUGUUCAAGAUUGUGAUAACAAGACAAUUAAAUGGUAAAGGUGGUCAUGUAGAUACGGUUCUUUACUAUGAAAAUGAUUGCACAUGUGGAAAGUGA